AUGCACCCACCGGCGGCGUUCGGCAAACGGUUGCCGCAAACGCUGGCGUCGGGGCUGGCGAACGCACCAGUGUUUGUAGUUGCUUUUGCAAACUCGCCGUACGAUGCCACUCCCCACCCGAAGCCCGUCUAUAUGCCGCGCACAUUCCGACCACCGGUUCAGAUGGUGUGGCAGGAGGGCUACUGGGUAGCGAAGGACCUCGCGCGAAAGGUACAAAGCGUGGUGUGUGAAGAACUGACGCCGGACAGUUUGAUUGUCGGCGACGGGAUCAAGCGCUCCGCAAGGGCAUAUCCCGAACCGGAGAUGCCAGCACUGUUCCGGGCUUACCGGAAGUGUAUAGUGGAAUCGCCAGAACACAAGCUGUUGUUCCACCUCGGCCACAUGGCACAGUCGGCGAACCACCGCCAGACCGCGAUCCUGAACCGCACCACGUUCUCGAUGGUGAACCUGGCACCCAUGGAGGGGGUUACCCUAAAUAUGGGUCGCUGGGCUCGCCUCGAGAAGCACGUGCGGAGGCUGCUAAAGCGAGGAUGCUGCAUAACCUGCUACACCGGCACGCUAUUCUGCCCAAUGCCUGGCGAGACGGAGGUGCGAUACACCAGGCUGCCGGGUGGAGUAUGCGUGCCGAAUGCGUUUUUCAAAGCUCUCGAGGUACGGUAUCCGGAGGGAAAGGUGGAGCGACAGUUUUUCAAAAUGUACAACAGGCCGCAAAUUAACGAAGGCGGCCUGGACUCCUACCGGAUACCACCUCGGGAGCUUUAA